AGAUAUCAUCUAACAUGAGAGUUUGAGCAGCGCGCGGACAGAAUAAGCAGACAUUCGCCUAUAUCGAGCGUAAAAAGUUUAUUCAAAACGCUGACAGUGGUUGUGUCAAGACAGUUUUGUUGUUUGCUGUACUGCUGUAUAUUUGAAUGAGGUAAGUAAACUCCUUCGUAUUUCUCGAACAAUGCUCGUUUCUCUGGGGUCGUUUCAAAAUUCGUGUUCACUAAAACAUUGGCUUUUGUUUCAUAGCACGCAAUAAUCGAUGUAAGCGUGUACCAAACUAAAAAUUUACUGUUUUUGUUCCAAAAUUCAAAUUUACAAGUGGCCAUUGUCUCUUCAUUUCAAGCUGUACAAUUUACCGUGUAACAAAUACAAAAUCAGUUCGAAAUAAAAUGUUACUGCAACAUUUUUGCUAAAAUAAAAUCUUCUACUGUUUUUCCGGCUCAGCCAAGAUUAAAAAUUGGCUAGUUUGUGGACCAAGUUUGGAAAAACAGUUUCUCUUUAGUAGGUAAAAUAUGAAAUAUAAUUUGAAUUCUAGACUUGGGUGCAUUGAAACAUAGUUUGCUUUUAUUGCUUGAAUCGUCUGUUUUGUGAAUGAUUAACUUGAGCGCACACGCGAGUUAUGAAAAAAGCGGUCCCAAGACCAAAUUUCGGUUGGAUUAUCUUAAGCCAAAAAGUUUCAAACUCUUCUGAUUUUCGACAAAGUUUUUCUCAUCACUGUAAGAUUAAAACGACACUGUAUGAAUUAAAAUCACACUCUGAUGUUGUGUUAACGACAGAUGGUAAAAUUUAAAACAAAGGCAAAAUAUUAAGUUUAAGGUUUUUGAAAAAAAAUAACUGUAGCGAUAAUAAUCGAUCUAUGAACAAUUUAAGUGUUGAAUAUCAAACUCAGAUGCGUACCAUAUUUUUCAAAGGGUCGAAAUGUUUUCGAUUCAAAUUUUAAUUUUUGCGGAAGUGAAAGUUACAGUUUUCUCUGGAGAAGUAUAUAAUUUAAACUGUGCGUAUUUUUAAAAUCGACCUUUCCAAAAAUCACCUUUUCUUCGACACUUUUGUAGCUCUAUGUCUGAUAAAUUGUCGAUCUGUCUUUCAAAAACGACAGGCUAAUGAUGAAUGUAAAAUACGCGUUUCUGUUAAAAACAAUUGGAAAACAUAAAUUACUGAUAAAGCGUUGAUGUGUUUUCGUAACUGAGCCUUGCUGGUCCCUGGUUGGCCAUUAUAAAACAAAUAAUUUUUUUAAAAAGCUGUAGUCGAUCGACUUGAUCUCCACCAUGCAGAUUGGUUAUGAUACAAAUGGCAAAAAUCCAAGUUAAUUUACAUCAAAGCCUUGUGACAAAGACUUUUUUCCCUGUGGCUUAGGUUGAGCUGUUCAUUUGCAAAGACCUGAUAAAGAGCGUUUUGAUCUUUCAAAAAUACUCUUGUGUUGACAGGUGUGUUUACAAAAGUUCUGCCUCUUCCUUUAAAUUGCGUGCGGAUUCAUCUGACGGUUGAAAUAAGAACACGCUUUCAAUUGAAGCCAGAACAUUUUCUAAGGCAAAAUGAACUCGCUGAGUACUAAAGGAGGAAAGUUACAUCCUAUUUAAAUCCUAUCCUUUUUUAAAAACAAAUUUUAGUAAGUAAAAAAAAGCCGUGUUUGGAAAGUUCAAUUGUCCUCACCCACAAGACAAAUGUUAUGUCACAGACCUUUGAGAGAGUGUUUACAAACGAUCGAGGAUAGGAUUCCGGAGCAAUAUUGCGGUUGUAAAAGAAUUCAUAAAACAAGAUUGAUUUUCUAAAUUUCGGUGCAAUAGUUUGAGACGAAAUGAGGUCAGAUGUUUAUGUGAAAAUGUAUUUUCCCGGAGUUGCUUGUUGCCAUAUAGAAAUGACAAAGAUGCAUGCAUGGUUCAGCGAAGGGUGAUAAAUUAGAAACUCCGCUUUUGAAUGAAGAAAGGCUGCUAUACAAUCACAUGUUAGAAUCCGAGUACCAAGAAAAUUUUUUUGAAUCCUUGGUGAUAUCAGGCACACCGUGGACUACUCAAUUUCGCGGUUCCGAUGCGCAACCGAGUGAGAUUCAGAAAACCUGUUGGAAGACAUCUGCCCCAAAUGAAACAGUUGUAAACACAGUCAUUUGCAUACAAGAUUUCAAAACAGUAGCAAUCGGUUCACCUGCUCAUUAUCUGAGAUGUCAUUAAGAGCGAAAAAACACGCGAAGGAUAUGUAAACUUAAUAGGAAACGCAUAUUGUCGAGAGGAUACAUUGAAAACUCGGCUAACCUGCUCUGUAAGGUAGUUUUGACUCUUUUAGUCGCGAGGAUUCAUUAAGGUAGGUUAAAAAAUUAAAUUUUUUUUGGAAUGACGCUGAGCUUUGUAAAGACGAUUUAUUAGGUAUUCAGAAAUAUACGUGCUCUGCGUACUCAGGAAUAGAUUGUGAAAAUAAUAGCAGAUUUGAUCUGUUAGACAACCUUGAGGUGUUUGCUAACUCACUUAGCGGUGAGUUUUUAUAUAUAUUUUCUCAAAAUGCUACGCCGUAAUCCGGUCAAAGAAGCUAGCAUAAUCAUUUCAAAAUUUACCAAAUGUGCGAAGUUAUGCAGCAUAUACAGACAUCUUUGCGACGUUAAUGUCCUUGCGAAACAUCCUAGCAAACUUCCAGCCUUUUACCCGCUUGCAAUGGUCUUGUUCAUCAUAAAACUCACGAAUUUUAUUUCAGUUUAGUUAGAGCUGAUGCCAAGCAGACGGUUGUAGAAGUUGAGUUGAUCUUCUUUGUGGCGUCGAAUGCGACAACAACUAUAUGUAGCAAUUUGUAUUUACUUCGUAUCUGCAUAGAGUUCGCAUUCGACAUCACUUAGGUGUUUAAUGUUUUUUUUUCGCCUCAGCUCAGAAGGCAACGAUCAACAGAGCUAUCUUGGUUUUUCUCUCCCGCCAAGCUAGCGGUAGAAAAUCAGACAUUGACAACAAAUUGACAAAGGGAGAUGGGGACGAGAGGCCAGCAAAAGUUUGGGGGGGUGGGGGUCGUAUGAGGUUGCUUUGUCUCGUCGUCCCUUUUGGUGACGAGUAAGAAAGAUCAUCAGCCCCACGGGAACCCUCCUCACUACCUAGGGGGUUUUCGUCAUUCAUUAUAUCGUUUUAUUUUCAGAUAUUCCACUAUGUCCAGAUGUUCAAAAGCUACUCGUCAGUUGUUGAGAACAGCAUCGUUUUGGGUGCUCUGCUUUCUUCUGCUAGCAUCCCUUGGAGCCCUUUUGUUCUCCGAGGUGGAGCGUCCCAGCGCUAUGAGCAGAUUGAAAUCCAAAGACGAAAAACUCGCAAGUCUUCAAAACGAAAUGAAAACCGAAUACAACAUGACCCAUGAAGAAUUUGCAAGGUUCGUUAAUUUAUCCAGUGAGGCUCUAAGUCUGGAUGGGCCUGCGUGGAAUUAUCUUGACGGGCUGCGGUAUACCUUCGAGACGCUAACGACAAUAGGUAAGCACAACUUAUGUGUCCACGUUUGGUUCUUUUGUGUUUUAACUUACGUACGAACGAACGAAGAACGGAAAAACGGUCAGAACCUUUUCACUAAUUUUUUUGUGUGAAACCUUUUAGGUUAUGGAGCCAUUUCUCCUUCCACCAGACUGGGCCAGGCAUUGUGUAUAGUCUUUGCAAUUCUGGGAAUUCCUGUUACAAUUCUGGCAUUCAAAUCUGUUGGUGAGCUUAUCAGCCUCGGGAUCAGUUCUACCAUCGCAUUUGUUGAAACGAAAUGCUGCAGAAAAGAACCGACUCAUGUUGAAGUAAAGUGUACGGUCGCCACAUGCUUGCUAAUGAUGAUAAUGCUACUUUUAGGAGCCAUAAUGCAAUCGAAUUUUGAUGAUUGGUCAUAUCUGGAAGCGUGUUACUUUUGGGUCAUUACCUUUACAACCAUCGGAUACGGCGAUUACAUCGCAGGAUCCGAAACCCGCGAAAAGGGCACCGGAAAUCCAAAAACCAAAGUUAUUAAGUCUUUAAACGUAGCGUUUCACAUUGCCUGGACCACGAUCGGCCUAUGCGUGUUUUCUAGCGUGCUUAACGCCGCAGCCACGUUUAUCGAGAAACGAACGCUCGCUAAACGGAGAUGCGGGAAGCGCAGGUGCUGCUGUUGUGCUGGCCAACAAGAAUCGGAUUCUGAAAAAGGUGACACACUGGAAAAAUACACCUACCAACCUAGUGCCAAUGGUCGUGCGCGUGACAAGAUUCAAAGUCGAGAAGACUACAACUGCAUGACUUAUGUAUAACACGUUAAUUAGACUACUUCCCUACACCAAGGGUCUCCGUUCCAUUUGACCAGUGUUUCGUCAAGCCUGCGCAUUAAAUAAAAAGCUAGAAAAUUAGAAGAGACGGGAAUGAUUGGCGCGUGAAGGUAAUUUUUUGAGCUGCGCACGUCUUCAGAAGAAAAUAUGGCCUGAUGAUUUAAAGCGUUUCUGUUCCCUCGUCUAAGGCGAAAAAGUGUAUUAGGAAAAGGCUUGAGUUUUCUUGAAUUAAGUUUCGUGGUCGAGGUGGGGUGAACUUCAGAAGGGAAGGUCUGCGCAGGGCUAUAAGUUGAGUCAAAGUUUAUUUCUGCAGCAACUUCCUUGUGGGACAGUCUUCUUCUGUGGAUUGCCAUUGCUUAGCAUUUUAGAACAAAUUUAAGGUACCGGGUGCCCAGAUAGCGACUACUUCAGCCACCAGAACUUAUCCCGACGUCUAUUGUACGCAUGAGUCUACUCCACCAGGGCGGGAAGCUGAUCCAUUGUAGCUUAACUUUCCUUCAUUUCCUGUGUCCUCCUGACAAUUUAUCAGUACUUAUCUAUACUUGUUUGUGGGGAGUCACUUUUUCGCAUUUGAUCACAUGCACAUGUAAAAUGCCUGUUACAAACAAUACUUAUUAUAUUAAAAAUUUUAAC